GUCUGAAAUACGCCAUUCAUUUAAAUGCCAACGGUCGUACUAGUGUGUACAGCAAAACAUAAAUUAAGCCCCAUUAAUCGCAAUGUCGCAGUUUAAGUUCUGGAACGACGUAAAUACGGUGCUGAGCUUGGAUGGCCCCAUUACAAAAGGGCCGCAGCCGCGGUAUGAACGCAAGAAAAUGUCCAGCAACAGUUUCAACUUGUCCAAGCAGCGCUCGCUCUCCUCGUCCAGUAUCAGCGUGACAAAAACUCCUUGUAAGACGCCGCUGCGAAAAUCUAAGACGCCGACACCGAAUAAAACUGGUAGAACGCCGGCAGGAGACCGGUUCAUACCGUCGCGGGUGGCCAGCAACCUGGACCUGGCUCACUAUAAGCUGUCCCAGGACCCCAACCAAGAGGAGAGCUCAGCAAAAAAGGAGCUAAAGCGAAUGCUCAAUGAGAACCUGCACUGCAACCAGCGGGUGCUUUCCUAUGCCAAGAAGGCCCCAGCGGCCUCCGAAGGCUUUCAGAACCCCAUGCGAGUGCUCUACUCGCACACCAGAACGCCCGCAUCAGUCAAGGCUGCUAACCGCUACAUUCCGCAGGCUCCGGACCGAAUCCUGGAUGCUCCAGACAUAAUAGACGACUUCUACUUAAAUCUCAUGGAUUGGGGCUCCAAUAAUGUACUGGCAGCCGCUUUAGGCUCGCAUGUCUAUCUGUGGAACGCUGGUACUGGCAACAUUGAGCAACUGCUGGAGCUGGAGGGCAACGACUAUGUGUGCUCAUUGGCGUGGAUCCAGGAGGGCGAUUCGCUAGCAGUCGGCACUACCGAAGGCGUGGUUCAGUUAUGGGACUGCGCCCGAGCGAAGAGGCUGCGCGUAAUGGCCGGCCACUCGGCCCGAGUCGGCUCGCUGGCCUGGAACUCGUAUGUGGUGACCAGCGGGUGCCGCAGUGGGCAAAUCCUGCACCACGAUGUGCGACAAAGAGAGCAUGUCCUGGCCACCAUUUCCGCGCAUUCGCAGGAAGUUUGUGGACUAGCAUGGUCUCCUGAUGGCAGGCAUUUAGCCAGUGGCGGCAACGACAACAUGGUCAAUGUGUGGUCGGCUGUAAGCGGCGGCUGCCAUUCCAACAACACGCCCCUGCACACCUUCGGCCAACACCAGGCUGCCAUUAAGGCUCUGGCCUGGUGUCCCUGGCAGGCUCAUGUCUUGGCCACAGGAGGCGGCACGGCCGACCGACACAUCCGUAUCUGGAACUGCAACACUGGAACCUGCGUGCACUCCAUAGACACCAAAUCCCAGGUGUCGUCGCUGCUGUGGGCGCAAAACUACAAGGAACUGGUCUCAGGUCACGGGUUCGCCAACAAUGAAGUGACCAUCUGGAAAUACCCAGCCAUGACUAAAGUGGCGGACCUCAAGGGACACACUGCCCGGGUCCUGCAUCUGGCCAUGUCGCCUGACGGCAGCACCAUUCUGUCCGCGGGCGCCGACGAGACUUUAAGACUGUGGAAGUGCUUCGUCAAGGACCCUCUAAAAACCAAAGACAAGGAGGCCACCGUUAGGGCGCGCCCCAGCGCUUUGAAGCAGUGCAUCCGUUAAAGCAGCCUCGUUUCCCUUGACUAUAGACUGUCAAUUUCGUCAUUUAAUUAGCCAGCUAACUAAUUAAUGUAUUGAUUUGCCUGUUGUAACUGUAAUUUGACUGUGCCCUCGACGGAGGGCAUUGAUUGGAGAGUAUUUAUUAUAAAUACACGUUUAUAUCUUUGCAA